AUGAUUGAAAUGCUUAUAAGAUAUGCUGCUUUGAUAUUGGAAUCCUUAGAUAUCAAAAUUACAAACAAGGCCCUUCAUUAUUUUAGCUCUCUAAUUGUCAACUACAUCGAUGAUUUGUUUUCAUCACUUCGGGAAAUGAUGAUGCAACAACGAAGAUUGCAUCCAGGGUAUCUUGACUUAGUACUACUAAUGAGAUCAUUUUAUAUUGAGCCUCAGGAGCUAUUAUAUCAAUUGGAUAUCUCUAAAGUGAUCAAGGGUGGACCGUACGCGGGCUCUUUAACUACAUUAAAGCGGCAGAGUGAAGACCUACUAAGUGAGUUGGACCAGACGCCGGAAGAAGACCAAUUAAAUAAAAAUGACAGAGACUAUAAAGAAGCUUUACAGCUAAUGCCUCUGACAAAUAAGAAAAAAUUUUAUAUUCAGAAUUUUCUUCCUGAUUUCCCGUCAGAUCACACAUACAGAUAUAGUGAAGUUUACACAAAAAAGGUUCAAGACCCAAAACAAUUACGACAAAUAUUGGUACACGAGGGGAAUUCGGCUUUAAAAGGCUUGUUAAGUUUGCAGUCCUCAAAGAAUGCUGAUGAAGAUUUGGACUCGAGAAUCGAAAGUAACGGCGGCGCCACACAGCAGCUAUUAUCCCCACCUUUAUCACCUGUGAAUCCGGAUUUGAAGCAGGAUAUUAAUAAAAAAGAAGAAGCACCGCAAUCUUCAAGCGAAGCUUCUAAAGAAAAGACCCAGGAAAAUGAUGACAAAGAUAAAAUUAAUAUCAAUUUGCCUCUCAAACCUUUAGAUAUUGUGGAAUAUGCUAGUAAGAGACUUGGGUUAUUAAAGAAGAAAGAAAAUCAAAAACAAGAGAGAGUGAGCAGGCUAAGGCAUGACAGACAGUUUGUUAGGUACCUAGCACUUUACAAACAUCUCAGUCCUUACUCUCCUAAACCAGAUUAUGAUAAUGAACCGAAAGAAUAUAGGAUGGAUGAGUCAGUCGAAUUGAUGAUGUCGGGGACCAUGAAUCAAGAAUACAACACACUUAUCAAAAACUUAGGAAUCCAGAAAAAGCAGAAGCAGCUCAGAUUCCAAGAAAAAUUGAAAUUGAAGAAAGAAAAACAGGAGGAGAGAAAGCGUAAGGCUAAGGAAUUAGAGGAAUUGAAAUUAAAGGAGAAUGGUCAGGACGAAAAAGAAUUGAACGAUUUGGAUUUUGAUAAUUUUGAGUUUGGAUUUGAUGAUAAUUUUGAUAUUGAUGGAUCACAAAUACCCAAGAAUCCUGCUGAAACCAAAGCAGGAGCAGCCACUAACAAUGCUAAUGGGGAAGUUCAAGCCGCUGUAGGAUUCAGCAAGGAGAUCAAUGCUACUAUUAAUGAUGAUGAAAAUAAAGAAAAAGAAAAACCACAUGAACCAGAGGGAUCUUCUUCAUCAACAAAUGUCGGCAAGACAGUAUCUGCCCAGAAAGCUCCAGUGAAAGCUCCCCCAGCAGCACAAAAUAAUGAAGAGGUAGAAUUCAAUUUCAAUAUGAGCGAUGAAGAGAACAAUGAGAUUGAUGAUGACUUGGAUGAAUUAUUGGAGGGAAAUGAUCGUGAAAAUGAAGAUGUAGCUAUGUCUGAUGAUUCAGAAAGCGAUAAUCAGCGAAUUGUUUCAUUUCCUACAAUUCAGUCUGAACCAACCAUGAGAAUUGACUCAUCAAGCGUAGUUGAAACAGAUUCACAGUUCGAAGAUUUUCUGGCUACAGCAAGCCCAAGACUCCCACAUAUUCCAUCCAAAAGGCCGUUGGGAUCAGGAAUGGCGACCCAGAGCGAGACUAAUAAAGAAGAGAUCGAUUUAGGUGACGCGGAACUGAUGAGCGAUGAUGAUGAUGAUGAUGAUGAUGAUGAUGAUGAUCUUGAUGCGUUAUUGGAAGAUGUGUAA